GGAGGUAAGCCUCAUUUUGGAAGAUUACAGAAAAGGUUUAUGAAAAUGGGUGACUUGAGACGUACACUUCACCUGGUCGCCAUAGUAUUUUAUUUCUGUUCAACAUGGGUGCAGGUUUUGGCAUGCGAUGUCAACAAUGGGGAACCGCCUCAGGCGGUUUACUGUCCCCAAUGGGAGGGGGGAAUACCCACUUAUCAUCCGUUCGCCUAUGAUUGCCGGAAGUUCAUCCAGUGCACGAAUGGUUACCCGGUAGUGCAUUGCUGCGCACCUGGGACGGUUUGGGAUCAAGGGUUGCAUACCUGUAAUCAUGCAGCUAAUUCCCCUUGCGUCAUCGUCACCACUACGCCGACCCCAAGUCCUACUUUGAUCACAAGUGAAGAAACAGAAACCCUAUCAACUACAACCACACCAACUACAACUACACCAACAACCACUACACCAACUACCACUACACCAACAACCACUACACCAACUACCACUACACCAACUACCACUACACCAACUACAACUACACCAACUACAACUACACCAACCACCACUACACCAACCACAACUACACCAACUACAACUACACCAACUACAACUACACCA